UGCAUGCUGUGCAUUGGUGCACAUAUAAAAAGCAGCCAGUCCAUCAAAAUUUGAUUACAGGGGAGUGGAAAUGGAUGGGGUGAAAGGCAAAGUUUGCGUGACCGGUGCUUCAGGCUACUUGGCUUCUUGGUUGGUUAAGCGUCUUCUCUUGUGUGGAUAUCAUGUCAUUGGCACGGUUAGAGAUCCAGCAAAUGACAAGAAAUUAGCGCACCUGUUGAAGCUGGAAGGUGCCGAGGAGAGACUCCGAUUGGUGAAGGCCGAUCUGAUGGAAGACGACAGUUUCGACGAAGCGAUCAUGGGGUGCGAGGGCGUCUUCCAUACUGCUUCCCCCGUCAUUAAACCUUCAUUUGAUCCCAAGGCGGAAAUCCUGGAACCGGCUGUGAAGGGCACCGUGAACGUGCUACGCUCAUGUAAGAAGAACCCUUCUCUGAGGCGCGUAGUUCUCACAUCAUCUUCUUCAACUGUAAGAGCUAGAGAUGAUUUUGACUACAAAAUACCCCUUGAUGAGUCAUCUUGGAGCUCCAUUCAACUCUGCGAGGCUUUGCAGGUUUGGUAUGCUUUAGCAAAAACGCUAGCAGAGAAGGCAGCAUGGGAGUUCUGCAACGAUAACAACAUAGAUCUGGUCACAGUCCUUCCCACCUUCGUCAUCGGACCGAGUCUACCGCCUGAUUUAUGUUCCACUGCCUCCGAUGUCCUUGCCUUGCUAAAAGGGGAAAACGAGCAAUUUCAGAGGCAUGGGCGGAUGGGAUAUGUUCACAUUGAUGAUGUUGCACUUUGUCACAUCCUUGUGUACGAGCACGAUGCCGCGAAUGGCCGAUACCUCUGCAGUUCAACGGUGAUCGACAACAACGAGAUGGUAUCGAUGUUAUCGGCUCGUUAUCCGUCACUCCCUAUCCCGAAGAGGUUUGUGCAACUAGAGAGACCAUAUUAUGAAUUCAACACAUCAAAGAUAAGGAGUUUAGGGUUCAAGUUCAAGCCUAUUGAGGAAAUGUUCGAUGAUUGCAUCGAAUCGCUGGUGGAGCAGGGCCAUCUGUCCCUUCACGCUGCCGAUCGGAGGCCACCUUCGUAGUCUAAAU